AUGUUGGUCCGUCGCAACAGCGGGGUCGGGGCACGCUACUCCGCGACAUCAACGAGACAUCGUGUCACGAGGUCGAAACUGAAUUCCUUCGGACACUCAGCUCGGCAUCCGUUGUUUCUCAGCCCCACGACUGCUAGCCGAGGCAACACUUCAACCUGCUCGUCGGUCAAUGUGCCCGGUCCCGGAGAACGUCGAUCUUUCGACUGUCUGAGCACCGACGUUUGUUCUACCCGUGGCGCGGAUGUCGUACUGGACUUUUCGACAAAGACAACGAGGUAUCAGCUUCUGCAUACAUUCUUUCCUCCCGUAUUAGUGCAUAAUGUACCCCGUACCUGA